AAUACAGCUGAAAUAGUCGCUCCGAUAGACUAAAACACACCUAUACGUAUGAAAAGAAGACCUGGAGAGGAUUAAAUCGUAAAUUCCAUUAUUUUUGUUUCUCCGGAACGCUAACGUUACCCUAAAUAUCGGCCUUUCGCAGUGCCAAUGCUGUGGUUUCGUGAAAGGAGAGGAUGACUGUUUGAUUGUGUUACAUUGCUCACCGCAUCGCCUUCCUCUCUCUCUUUCUGAUUCGGACCUGCUAUGAUGGACUCGAAUGCAAUGAGGAAGACUUUCGUGGUCCCGGACAUAAAGCCAUUGGAUCAGUAUGAUUUGCCCCGAGCCAAAAUCUGCGCCAGUGUUGGGUGGCUUCUGGCGAAAUCUUACGGCAAUGCAGAGAAUGUCCCGUUGGAGCUGCGAGACCCGUUCUACUGUGAUCAGUAUGAGCAAGAGCACCUGAAGCCUCCUGUCACGCGCCUCCUGCUGUCCCCUGAGCUCUACUGUCGCACUUAUGGCCUUCUGCUGGGUGGAAGCCCCGGGGCCGAGGGACCCCCCAAAGACAUCCCAGCACUCCUACAGGUCCUGGGCAGGAAGGGCUUGGCACCCAAAGACCAGAAUGCCCCUGUGACAGAGACCGAGCUCCGGCAGAAGCCCAUCAAAAUGAGUGCCCACUUGGAGUUGAUGGAUGCCUUGAUGGCAGUGGGUGCCAUGGAGACGGUGCGCACAGUCUUGGCGAGUGGCAGAUCGGAGCUAUUUGGUACAGAUGCAACCUGGGACAGAGCCCUGCUUUCAUGGGUGAAUGCGCUGAAUCAAAAACUAAAAGAAACAAACAGAAUGGAACACAAAAUGACGCAUCUCAGCCUAAGUACUCAACCAGAGCCUGUUCAACCUUCG